AUGGACAGCACAAAAAAUUCAGUCAUGGCAGCUGUGGGCUAUCUGGCUCUAUGUCUUCUUGUUCUUGCUACUUCUGUCAAAGCUUUUACUGAAAUUGAAACUGGUCUUCCAUGGCCUCUUCCAAUAAUUUCAUGUGAAUGUGAUCCCCAUAAUGAGCUCAACCGUGGCAGUUUUCCACGUGGAUUUGUAUUUGGUGCAUCAUCAUCUGCUUAUCAGUAUGAAGGUGCAUAUAAUGAGGGAGGUGCAGUAGCCGAUGGUAGUAAUGGACAAAUAGCUGCUGAUUCUUAUCAUCGCUACAAGGAAGAUGUGGAGGCCAUAAAGUUCAUGGGUUUAGAUGCCUAUAGAUUGUCAAUCGAAUGGUCCAGAAUAUUGCCAAGUAAGCACAGAUUUUCACUGCAUUUUUGA